GCUGAGUUUAGGAAAGGUGUGCUCUUCUCACGAGUUGGAGGAGGUCCGUCUACGCAGCCUCAGGGCUUCGACCGAGAAUGCGGCGCAGGAUUCUGAAUGAGUAGCUUUGAAGCAAAUCAAAGGACAACUCCACACGUCAAGAACAUACAGUAAGAAAUGCACAGUUGUCUAUCCGGCAUACAGUAGUGGAUAUUCAACAGAUUUCAUGGUCGAUGAGGACAUCGUUCUUCCAUAGACAGAUUUCCCAGUGACACCAUGUACAGAAGCACAGAGGCGGAGCGCGGCGGGGAGGACGUCCCAGGGCGGAAGAAGUCCCGGUUCAAAGCGCUCAAGUCGCGCCUGUUCGGGAGACUGAAGAGGAAGGACACAGACGGCGUGAUGAAGCCCAGCCAGUCCGCCAGCGACGUCACGGCGCCCGAGGCUGCCAGGGGAGGCUACGACUCCGAGGAGGAUUCUCCCUACCCCAAAGGGACACUAAGCUCCAGGGCCUUGUCCCAUGACAGCAUCUUCUUGGCUGACCAGGCUCAGAGCUCCUCGGAGCCGACUCGCGUCCUGUCACAGGACAAUGUCCACAGCAAGAUCAAAGCCUUACAGAUGAAGCUGCAGCAGCAGAACCUGCACCUGGGCCCCCCCCCCCUGCGGAUCCCCAGCAAGCGGCAGGAGGACUGGGGGGGGGCCACCUCGGACGACGACGGCCUGCCACAGAGCCCGCCGGAAAUCUCCUUCCAAGAUGGAGAACGACACACCUCGUCCUAUAAGAGGAAUCACAGCUCGCUCAGCCUGGCUGGAACGGGCAGUGAAGAGGAUGAGCAGAUGUCCUCUCAGCCCUCGUCCAGGCCUCUGUCCCCGUCCCCUCCUCCGGACUUCAGCAGUCCAGCUCAGUUCUCCAGCAGCCUGGACACGUCAGCCGCACGCCACAAGCUGGCCGUCAAACCGAGAAACCAGAGACCCUCCAACAAAGCAAAGAAGAUGCCUUCUAGUGUGUACCGGCCGCGCUCGGAGAGCAUGCACGACCUGGUCCAGGCGCUGUCCGAGGGAGAGGAGGACGCGGCAGAUGGAGCCGGCCCGGCCGAGGAGAAGUCUCGCUUCCGCUCACACUCCACCCAAAUCGUCAUGGGCGACCGGGAGCGCCUCACCCUCCUGGAGCUCCGGGGGGCCAGAGAGGUCAGAAGGUCACCGCCCACACCUGACCCAGAGGAUGGCGUCUCUGGAGUGACCUCUGACCCCGGCAUUAGUGAGGACGAUGACCCUGAGCAGACAGACCCUGAGGUGCAGCACACUCCCCAUUCUUGCCAUAGUUUUUAUAUAUUGUAUGUGUAUUUUUGA